CAGGAAGUAUUGUGUUUUUUACACCAGCCUAUCAGGUUGGUCUUUGACUUCAGACCUGCAUAUUGGUACAUACUUAUUUCAAGUGUUUAUCCGGUCAGAGGACUAAACUGAAGUUGGAGCUACACACCACGAUGAUCAGAAUCUGGGUUGUUGUGGUAUUAUUUAGUACAAUAUGUGUGACAAAAUGCAACAAUGUUCAGCGGCAUAUUCAAGUUCAGGGUGUUCAAAUUGGUGACCCAGUGACUCUCUACUGUGUUUUCUCAAAUCAAGUAUACAAUCAGGGAAACAUGUUCUGGUUUAAGCAAAUAACGGGGGAAAUCCCUCAAGUUGUUGCAAGGAUGCAGAAAUUUCAGCCCAGGCCUGAACUGUACAAGGAAUUUAACAAUUCACAUCUCAAUGUGGAGAGGGCUGAAGCUGACGGGAUAUAUCGUCUUACAAUCCCAAAGAUGGAACCAACGGAUGAAGCUAUUUACUAUUGUGCAAGUAGGACAGACUAUGAAGUGAACUUGAUCAAUGGGACUUUUUUAGUAUUAAAAGGUAAGAAUCACCAGAGGUCUGAUUACAAGACUGUUGUAGAGCGGCCAAUGUCUGACCCAUUCCACCCAGGAGACUCUGUGACUCUGCAGUGUACAGUACUCUCUGAGACCUGUACAGGAGAACACAGUGUGUACUGGUUCAGAGCCGGAUCAGGAGAAUCCCAUCCAGGAGUCAUUUACACCUCUGGGAACAGGAGUGAUGAGUGUGAGAAGAGCCCUGAGACACCCUCUCCUACACAGAGCUGUGUCUACAGCCUCUCUAAGAACAACCUCGGCCCCUCUGAUGCUGGGACUUACUACUGUGCUGUGGCCACAUGUGGUGAGAUCCUGUUGGGCAAUGGAAUAAAAUUGGACAUGGCCACUGACACGAAAUGCAAUGAGUCAGAAAAGGCUAUGGUAGCGGUUGUUGUUGGUUUGGCAGUGGCGUUGGUGUUGUGUGGGAUUGGGAUCAUCUUCCUUGCCUGCACCAGAAGUAAAGAGCAAGUCUGCGACAAUUGCAAAGCAGUAGAUGCCUGUCGGGGAGGAAGACAUGAUGGAUUAAGGGGAGAACAGGAUCAAGAUGGAGAUACGUUGAAUUAUGCUGCAUUGAAUUUUUCAGAGAGGAAAAAUAAAAGAGGAAGAAAGAAGAGAGAGUCACCACAGGAGAGUGUGUACUCUGAUGUCAGGUGUUCAGACUGGGAGUGAACUUCGUUUAUGUGCAGAAGAACUUAGCCAGUGAACUUAGCAUCAUCAUUCUAAAAUGUAACAUUAAUAAUACUUACAUUUGUAAGUAAGUGCCCCUUCUACACAGAGAUUUUGAAAAUGUGAGACCAUGACAAAUUUAAUAAAAAAAUGUAUACAAA